AUGUUGUCCAGUAAAAGCUUGCUUCUUCUUCUUGUGGCCGUCCUUGGUUCCUCAUGGAUUUUCGAUGGCGGUUCCAAUGGAGUAGCUUAUGCUUGCUGGUCGUCAUCCGAAGUACCUCAAACGGAAGUAACAUCAACAAUUCAAUGCCCUGGUAAAAAACAGGUGAUUUAUAAAAUAAAUCUAGAGUAUGAAGAAUUCACGCCGCUCACUGUUGGCAUCUGGAUCGGAGAAACAUAUUACCGGUUACCUAUCGCACCUUACUACAUAAUCGAAAUUAAAAACGGCAUGGAUCUGUCGACUUAUCACAUUUACAAUGUAUUCUACAGAGGAGAAACAGUUGCUAUUCGUGAUUGA